AUGAGAUCGAGAGUGAAUAUAGUCGCGAUUCUAUUGACUCUGAGCUGUGUGGUACGUGUAUUGGAGGGUUUGAGGUCUGACGAGAAGCAGGGUGGGAGUAAAGAGUAUCCCGUUGGAAAGAAGGUGAUCAAAGAGGAUCACAACAAAGUUGCGCCGCAGAGCACCAUUUCUCUUCGCGGGGAUGAAAAGACGAAGGUGGUGAAGACGCAAACUAGGACCAACGGAGUGGGUUUGUCCAAGGACUACUUACAUGGGCCAGAUCGUCCUCGUCGAAGGAAGCGAAAGAUGGACCGUACGAUGAUGGCGCUUCUGAUGGCCUACAAGAUGAAAUUCGUCGCUCUGGUUCCAACAAUGGUCGGCGGAUUGAUCCUUCUCAAGGCCACAGCUCUAUUAGCGGGCUUCUUUUUCGCGUUGUUUGCCGCGGUUCUAGGUCUGAAAGUUCGCUGA